CACCACUCUAGCCACGCCCCCUUCCGGACCAGGUGCCUCCCGGCUGCAGGCUCUAGCCCUUCCUCGCGUGGCCCCGCCCCCGCCCUCGCCCCCUGCCCAGGCCCGGCCCCUGCGGAGCCCAGAGACGCGCGGACGCAGGCUCGAGGCGUCUACCGAACCUCAGCCCACGACCUGCCCCUCUGGGAGGUGCGGGCCGCGGCCAGGCUCUGACCUCAACCUGGCAUAGAGGCCCCGGCCCUCAGGCAAGAUUGUCCGGGAGGUGCCAGGACCCCGGAGGCUCCCAGGGCCUGGAGGGGCGUCCCCGAUGGGUUUGUGCCGCCACAGCUGUGACUCUCACGUGAGUGUGGAGAGACGUUUACUGGGCAAGUGAGGGAGGCCAGCCUCAAGGGCCGGCUCUGGUGGCUUUGUCCAGCGGGGUGACUUGGGAACCACGCGAUCUAGGUCAGCAAGACAGGAACCCAGGAUCCCAGAGUUGAAUACACUGGGCUUAACCCCUCCCACCGGGAGGCCCAUGAUGGGCUGCUGCAGUGGACUUGGAGACUCAGCACUCCUGGGACUAAUGCUGCGUGCAUGUCAGGUUGCAAGGUGGCUGCUGCAGCUCCAGCCAUCACAUCAAGGCUAGAAGAAGGAGGUGGCUGCUGCUUCUUUCACAGAAGCAAAAGCUUCCCCAUCCCCUGCUGCACCCUGGCUCCUGGCCCACAGCUGGGUGACUUGGGAAAGCAGGGGUGGUGGUAUUAAGCUUGUCUUACCCCGGUCAUGGCUGUUAACGGGCUGCCACAUUGCUGCUGGGACCAGACUGGAAUUCUGCACACCAGGUAAGAGGGCGUGAAACUUGGGUAGGCGGCUGACAGCUCCACAUGCUCCGGGAAAACAGCACCCAUAUUCCAGUAGAGGCUGGGCCUCCCCGGGCCUGAGUGCCAGGCUGCACUGAGCCCGGGCUCCCACCGAAUGCACACUUUAUGGCUUUGAGACAGCUCCCUCUGCCUGUUUGGGCUUUGGGGAAGGGCAGACACGGAAGUGCCCCAGGAGUCUCAGAACUGCCUGGGGCCUGAAUUUCUGAGCUGGCUUCUUGCAGGGGAGUGGCUCUUGUGUCUUUAGACCUCUGUGCCGAUGACCUGGGAGGAAGGUCAGCCUUCCUUGCUGGAGGGGGCCCAGCAAAGCCUCAGCCCCUAGAAGUGAGGGGCCUGCCACUGCCUGCCCAAGGACCCCACUCCUGGGGGCCAGAUGCUGAGAAGAGACACUGGGGGCCUAGCAGACCGGAGAGCUAACCCCAGUCCCACAGCCUGGUGAAGUCACAGCCUUGCCACCUGUCUUGAUCUCACCACUGUGAAGGCCCCACCUCUCCUGCUGCAGCCCCACAGCAUGCAGCCCCAGGAGAGCCACGUCCACUAUAGUAGGUGGGAGGACGGCAGCAGGGAUGGAGUCAGCCUAGGGGCUGUGUCCAGCACAGAAGAGGCCUCAUGCUGCCGCAGGAUCUCCCGGAAGCUGUGCACGGGCAAGCUGGGCAUCGCCAUGAAGGUGCUGGGCGGCGUGGCCCUGUUCUGGAUCAUCUUCAUCCUGGGCUACCUCACUGGCUACUAUGUGCACAAGUGCAAAUAAAUGGUGCCCCACAUGCACGCUGGGGGCUGGCUGCA